UAUACACAGCUCCCUUUCCCAUGGAAGCUCCCCAUUAUUUGUCUCGCCAUUUCAAAACCCUAAAUUCGCCGAGCGGAUCGAUUGAAAGCUCCAUUGAUAUCCAGCUCGACGUUUUGGUCAGGCGUUAUUCACCUGAGUUGAUGUGGGUUUAAGAAUCUAGAAGGAUUAACUAAUUAGAGCUGGGCAGUGCCUGGGUGGAUGAAUUCUGUUGCGGAUCCGUAAAGGUGGUUCGUUUUGCUAGGUUAUUGUCAGCUUCUCUAAGGGUAAGGUUGCGUAUAUCUUGACCCGCCACACCCCAACGGAGUGUUGUCGUCGCCGUUGUUGACUUUCAACAUAAGUUUGUGCUGGGAGAAACUUGAGGCAAGGAAGCUGGGUGUGCAUUUUCUCUUUCAAGAAAAUUGGGAUUUCAGAUGUGAUUAUGCAUGAAUUAGGAUUUAUACUUCUCUGCAAUUUCAGAAAAUCAGUUUUUGACAUUACUAGUAUCUCACUCAGCUGGUCUAAGUUUGUUAACUACGGGCUAAAUAUUUUGGACUUAAACGUCAUCAAUGCCUGGCAACGAAUUUGGAGAUAGACUCCACAAUUUUUUUGCACAAGAGAACUUCUCACAGGGGCAGAAUCAGGCACAGGUGUUGGAUGGGAAUUGGCAAGCUCUGAAUAAUCAUGCCUUUGGAAGCCAAAGAUCACAUAGUGUACAGGGUCCCAACACAAAAAGUUACAACUUGCAGCAGCCAGUAGAUUCUGGGAGAGGACCUGACAGUCAUCUGUUGAGUGGUCCACAUGGCAUGGAUUUCAGUCAACCCAGUCCUAGGCAUGAGGCUUCCAAGAGUCUGUUGCAGAGCCAACAGCAAAACUAUAAUGACUAUAUGUAUGGACAUCUUUAUCGGACACAGCAAGAAGGAAAAUGUCUUUCGGUGAAUACUGGUACUGGUCAACCUGAUUUAGUUUCAAUAGGCACAUCUGGGAAUGGACCACAAGGUUUGGGGCGUGAGCAUCAGACCCAUGAAAUUGUUAAGUCCAAAGCUUCUGAAUCUCAGGGUAGUUUUGAUCUUUUUGGGAGUCAACACCAAUUGAGUCGCCAUCAUCAAUCAAACAUUUCACAACCUCAGUCUGGGUUAAAUGACAUGCAACAACAUGUGGUGCUGAUGAGAAUGCAAGAACUUCAGAGACAACAGCAACAGAAUGCAAUGCAGCAGAGUAAUGUAAACCUGACCCCACUCUUUUCUAAAGCGACAUCUAGUGCCCACUCAUCUUCGUUCGUCAACGACACUAGAAGUUCAGUACCACAUAAUCCUUGGGGGGCAGCUGAAACUAGUACUGUAAAUUGGUUGCAGCGGAGUUCUCCAGCAUUUCAGGGAUCCUCCUCCAAUGGUCUCAUUUUUACUAAUCACAGUCAAGGACAACAUUUAAUGAGUUUGAAUCCUGAGCGGAGCGACCAAUCUCUUUACGGAGUUCCUGUAUCUAGUUCAAAAGCAGGUGCAACCCAAUAUCCCCAAACAAUGACAGAUAGGACACACAUCAAACAAACAAAUUCCUUUAAUAAUUCAUUCCCGGGUGAUAAUUAUUUUGCGGCUCAGGACAGGACACCCACUUCUAAGCAGAAAAUUCAAUGUGAAAAUUUAUUUGGAAAUGCUCAUGGAGAAUCUUUAAACAGUAUGAUUAAUAUGGAGAACCAUCAGCGAGAGAAUGUUAAGCAAAGAAGCAUAACUGCACAUGAAUUCCAAUUGAGGCCGCAACCUAUUUCGCUGGAGAGGACAGCAGUUAAAGCUUCAUCAAACAAUGAUGUUGCUCUUGAUCCUACUGAAGAACAAAUAUUGUUCGGUUCAGAUGAUAAUAUAUGGGCUGCCUUUGGCAAGAGCACCAAUCUGAAGGAGGAAGCCUGCAAUUCAGUUGAUGGUGCCAGUCUGCUCAAUGAGAAUCCUUCCUUUCGAGGUGGUACUUGGAGUGCUCUCAUGCAAUCCGUUGCAGAGACUUCUAGUACUGAUGUACAACCACGGGAUGCAUGGAGUGGUUUGAACUUUCACCUUACUGAAGUUCCUUCAGGGAAUCAUAAUAGUUCAACACGUAAAAACAGUGGUAAACAGCCAAAUUCAUUUGCUGAAGGAAGAGUGCCGCUUUCUUCCUCAUUGAAUUCUGAGACUGUUCACCCUUCUGAAUGUACUAAUGUGAACAAUAACAGCUAUGACAAUAUCCAAGGUUUCCAGCAGUCUGGUCAAUAUAAAUUUCCAAUCAAACAUGACCAUGGCCAACGAGCAAGUUCUUCUCAGAGACCUGUUCAACUGUCUGAGGAAGAAAGGAAGUGGCUGGAUGGGGAUUUGUUACAAAGGACUGGGAAUGUUCAUGAUGAUUUUUUGCAGCCUGGUAGACCAUCUGUUGUUAAUGCCCAUGUCAACUCAAAGAUCUUUAGUCCUGCAAUGAGUGCUGACGAAUCCAAUCCAUUUCCUUCCACCAGUUCUCAAAUUAAUUAUUGGAAGAACACAAAUGAUGUUAAGUUUAAAGGAAGUGAAGAUUUUGUGGGAUCACAGUCUAGUAUCGCCAGGAAUAACCAGAUUUUCAACUCAUUCCAGCCCUCAUCUAGAGAAGUUAAAGCUCUUGAGACCGAAAACAGAGUCAAACAAGAGAACUCCAGUGAUAGCUACCACACAUCUACUGGUAGUUUGAGGGAAAAUGCUCUGUCUGAUGUUAGUGAUUCAAAGCCUGGAAAAGAAAUGUCUACUCGAAAAUUUCAGUAUCACCCUAUGGGAAACCUGAAUGAAAAUGUAGAUACUCCGCAUGGAGUGAGAAAACAUACCAACGAACAAGCUAGGGCUCAGCAGAAUGCCCGUUUUGGCCAGUCAAUGUAUUCUUCUCAGGCUCAAAAGAGUUCUGUUGAAAUGGGAAAGAGACAGUCAUUUAGCGGUCAAAGAGAUGGCAAAGGCCCAGCUGAGGCACAACCUCAGAGCUUCUUCCUUAGCUCCGGAUCAAAUAUGUCUGCUCAUUUGAAUAGAUUCGUUGAUGUUCAGCCACCUAAUGUCGAUUCUCCAUCUAGCCCAAACAUGCUACAACUUCUACAAAAAGUGGACCAAUCCCAAGAAGUUGGUGCCACGAUGUGUCAGAAGGGACCCGAAGCAGAAAAUCUGAAUGGGUCUAUUCCACACUUGCAGCGAUGCCAUUCAUCGAUUUCUCAAGGAUAUGGUCUUCAACUUGGUCCUCCAUCCCAAAAUAUCCCCGUCAAACCCCAUUUAGUAUCGUCUCAGAGUUCUUUGCAACCCAUUAAUUCCUCAUCUGUGAGUCAUUCUACCAUUGAAAAUGGUGAAAACAGUCAAGCACAGGUGGCUCCUCCAUCUGAGGUUCAUUCUUUGCCUUAUUCUCGUGGUACAGUCCAAGGGGAUUUAAUAAAUAAUAGAUCUGCUGUCCUAGGGAGUGGGACAAAUGAAGUUGCACUUAAUACGAUGUGUGGAAGAGCUUCAUCAGCAUUUAGUUCUGGUUAUAUAUACCCAAGAAGUGCGCUUGAGAAUCAAGAGAUGGAUACAGGAAAAACAUUGGCAAAUCAGUCCAUUAAUAGUUCUCUCAAACAUGCACCACAUUUUACAAAGAAAGAUGGAUGUCAAGUGGAAUCUUCCCAUGGCAGGUCAGCUAGAAUAUUCUCACACGAUGGGAUUGGCACCAGUCAAUGUGCCAACUUAGCUACGUUUACAAACACUGCUAAGCCAACUAGUUUCAGUGAAGGGGUCUCAACACCUCAAAAGCCCUGUUCAGAAGUACAGAACACUGUGCUGGUCAACUCUCAGGCACAACAACACCCAUCUUCUCCCCAGUCUCGAAAGGAGUUGUUGCAACUUCCUUGCUCACAAGAAUUGAAUAUUGUGGAAUCGUUAUCUUCUGCUCUAGACAGUCUGGGGGAGGAUCAAGAUGUAAAAAAAGGAAGGACUUUUUUGUCCAAAGUCGGUUCAAAUCCUGAAAAAAUGUUGAGUGCUGUUCAGGGAGAAAUAAAAUCAGUGAAGCCACUAGAUGUAUCUACUCUGAUGAAUUCAACAGCAUCAGUGCAUAGAGAUAUUGAAGCCUUUGGUCAGUCUCUGAAACCAAAUAAAUUUUCACAUCAUAAUUACUCUUUACUAAAUCAAAUGUGGGCCACGAAAAACAUUGAGACUGGACAAAGCAAUAUGAUGCUGAAAAGAAUGAGAACACCAGAUGGUCAACAGAUAUCUCAUGCAUCGCCCCAGUCAGCAGAUUCUUCUGGAGUAUUAAGCAUGUCUGGGUCAGAGAAUAAUUUGGAAAGAAACGGGACCGAUCAUCAAGGAACUGUUUCUGCUGAGGAUUUGUCUGUUAAACAAGAGCAGCACACACAGUUUCCACAGCCUUGGUUUGAUCGGUAUGGAACCUGUAAAAACGGGCAGUCAUUGGCUGUACAUAAGGCACAGAGAGCUGCUGAGGUGCAAGCUACUGAAUCGCCUCUCACCAUUGAGAAGACUUACAAUAGUUUGUAUGCAAAUAAGUCUAUGGAUAGAAUCCAACAUGUUAAUGUCGGGGAAAGCUUGCUCCUAACAUCUGCUCCUGUUGAGAAUGCUUCUUCUUCACAAUCUUUGUCAGUGAAUAUCACGAUUGAUCAGCAGCAUUCAGUACCAAGACCCAAGAAGCGCACGCGUGUUACGGCAGAUCUGGUUCCUUGGUACAAAGAAGUUUCCGAAGAGUUGCAGAAUCGUAAGAGUAUCAGUGGCGGUGCUUUAGAAAGAGAUUGGGCAAAAGAAACAAACCGGAUUACUGAAAAGGCUGUUAAAGAAAGUCGUUUGGGGGAUGGAACACCAGAGCAUAAAGCUAGAAGAAGGCUUUUCGUGACCACCCAUCUUAUGCAGCAAUUGUUUCACCCUCCACCAGCAUCAUUUCUUUUAGCAGAUUCAAAAUCAGAGUUUGAGAAUGUGGCCUACUUGGUUUCCAAAAUGGCAUUGGGCAGUGCAUGUGGUCUAGUAUCUUGCUUUAUUGGGUACACCAGUACGGACAGGGCAGAUGGUGAUGACAAAGAGCUGCCCUUCGACAAAUGCAGUAGGGAUCAGUACUUCUCAAAAAUUGUGGAAGAAUUUGAAAUGAGAAAGAGGAAGCUAGAGGACCAGUUGUUGAAGGUGGAGAGCGGCGAGUCGGUGUUAAAUUUGGCAGUGCACAGCCUGGAUCUGGAGAAGUUCUCAAUGAUCAACCGGUUUGCGAUGUUCCAUUGCCGGUUACACAAUGCCUCAUCUUCUUCGUCUGAAGCAGCAGCAGCUGCACUCAUUUAUAAAGCUGUGCCGCAUAGAUAUGUGACUGCAGUUCCAAUCCCCGAAGAUCUUCCAACUGAGGUUAAAUGUCUUUCACUAUGAUGAUGAUAGAAUGUGCAUAUACGUACGUAUUUUCGCCCCAUGUUAUGGUUCUUGAAGUCACUUUUGGCCAUUGGAAAAAUAAAACAGUCAGAGUCACGGAAUUACAUUGAGGAGGGGGGCGGGUGGGGGCUCGGUUGUUAGUAAUGCUCAACAUAGGCUUUUGAGCUUUUUCUCUUUUAGGCCAUUGGGAGUUAUCGUUGUUGUAAUUGAGACGACAGAAAUGCGGUAGUCCAUAUGUAUAAUUCUUUGAAAUGCUAUAAUGUUUGCCCCCUCUUUUUUUUUUCUUCUUCUCUUCAACAAGAAAUUGUGUAGAGUUAAUAUGAGUGUCAAAUUGAGUAUAAUGGAGUACUCUUUAACCCUCUUAU